CUGAAUUACCGCGUCUUUCAUUUAUGACUUCAUUCCUCUGAGCUUGAUAACGUUGCUGGUCUUUGACUCGAGCUGUCAUAGGUGUCUUCACUCAAUUCCCGCUGUUUUAUUUUCACCGAGACCCCAGCGAUGACGAUGAGGAUACCAAAAUAAUGAAAUAGCAGUGAACACCACGGUCAGCCCUGCGCUUUCGUCGAGGGCGUCCGCUUCAGUCGACUGCUUCCAGAAUGCCCUGACCAUAGCCAUUAAGCACUCAAAUAUCAAAUGGUGAACACUAGCACAGACUAUAUCAUUGUCCCUUGCGACUAUGAGCAGCUUUUAUUCAGCGGUUAUGAGGCACAGCUGCAGGCUGUGCAGCGCGCCGCAUCGCAGGCGGGCGAGGCACAGCUGGACAAGCAUGAAAAGGCCUUCGCUGUUAAGGACUUGGAGCUAGCGGCCGCCCGUGAGGAGAGCAGCAAGGUCAAGCAGGAGAACCUGGCAUGGCGCAAGAAGGCCGUGCUGUACAAGAUGAGACUGGCCAGCGCGGAGGAGACGGUCCAGAUGGUGCAGAGCAACCUGGAGGUUAACACGGGCGUCGUCAAGGGGUUGAUCGAGGAACGCGAGCAGCUGCUGCUGGACAAGCAGACGCUGCGAGCCCAGGUGGAGGCCCUGGCGGCCAUGGUGCAGGGCAAGCACCGUGAGACCGUGGCACAGAAGGGCAAGCUGGCCAGCAGCAGCGCGGAGACGCAGCAACUGCACAGCCAGCUGGCGGAGUCGCGCGAGCUGGUGGAGCUGCUCACGCAGCAGCUGGCGGGCGAGCGCGCGGCGCUGGAGGCGGAGCGCGGGCGCACCGCGGAGCUGUCGCAGCAGCUGUCGGCGGAGCAGGAGCAGGUGCGGGCGCACCUGUCCACCUGCGCCACGCUGCGGGCGGACUGCAGCCAGCUGCGGGCGGACCUGGUGGACGAGCAGGGCCAGCGCGAGGCGGCGGAGACGCAGGUGGGCAAGCUGCACAGUCAACUGGCGCUGCGCACGACGGAGCUGGAGGCGGCGGAGCAGCGGCUGACGCGGCACUUGCUGGGCACGGCGGCGCGGGAUGAGCAGCUGGUGCAGGAGUCGCAGCGGCUCAAGGAGGCGGACGAGGCGCUCAUCGGGGAGCUGCGCCACUGCAUCGACCAGCUCAAGGAGCGGCUGGCGGAGGCCAGGCGGGACGCGAGCGAGGAGCUGCGGCGCCAGCAGGCUAAGCUGGAGCGCGAGACGGCGCAGCGGGAGCGGCUGGAGCUGGAGGCGCAGCAGUACCGGGAGCAGUUGCGGCAGCAUGAGGACAGCCACAGCGCGGCCGUCACGCAGCUGCGGCGCCAGGUGACGGAGCUGUCGGGCGAGGUGGCGGUGCUGCAGGAGAAGCUCAACGCGUCGGAGAAGAAGGCCACCGCGCGGGCGCAGCAGGCGACUGAGCUUGAGGCGGCCCUGGAGCGCAGCCGGCAGCAGAUGGGCCAGCAGGUCAGCAGCAAGGACGCCACGGUGGGGGCACUGCAGGCACAGCUGGAGCAGGAGCGGCGCAAGCUGGCGCUCAAGGAGAGCGAGCUGGCGGACGCGGCGUCGGCGCAUGCCCGCCAAGUGGAGGCGCUGCAGCGGCGGCUGGAGGAGCAGGACCGGCUCAGCCAGGAGCAGGAGGCGCGGCUGCGGCAGCAGGUGGCACAAGUCGGCGGCUCGCAGUCGCAGCUGCAGGCUCAGCUGCAGGAGCUGCACAGCUCGCUGUCGCAACGGGACGAUCGGCUGCGGCAGCUGCAGCGCUCGCACGCGGCGGAGGUGGCGCGGUUGGAGGGGCGGGUGCGGCAGCUGGAGCGGGAGGUGGCGGCGGCGGCAGCAGUUCCGCGCAGCCCGACCGAGCUACCCGCGCACCAGGUCCGGACCGCUGAAGCCGCGGUGGACAAGCUGGUCGGCACGCUCUUGGGCAAGGGGCCAAGGCCGGGCAUAGCUGGCCUGCUGGACGACGACGAGGAGGAGGACGAGGAGGACCGGGGGCCGUCUGCGGGCCUCAUCCUGACCAUGUCGCAACAGCAGCUGCAAGCAGCAGGCGUCGCCGUACAGGCGCCGGCGGCACCAGCCAACGCAGAUGCUGGGGCGUCGGCUGGAGACAGGCCAGGGCCCAGCGGCAGCAGGGCGGCAGGCGGCGCCAGCGGCAGUCAGGCAGGGCCCAGUGGCAAGGGUGCGGACGCGGCAGACAAAGCCAAACCCCAGGCAGCCGGCAAGCGGGCGCACGAGCCAGCGGCGGCUGGGGAGGAGCGACCGGCAGGCAGAGGCCGUGCUCGAAAAGCUGCCAAGGGCUCGGAUGCAGCAGCGGCAGGCCCUGCUGCAGCCGCCAAGGCGGCCGCGGCUGCGCCCGUGCCUGAAGACGACAUCAUGGAGGAGCGGGAGAACGAGCAGCCGGCGGAGCUUCCAUCUGCGGCUGUGGGUGCACCGGAGCAGGGCGGGCGUGGCGGCAGCCGGCGGCGGGCGGCGCAGUCGGGUCAGGCCAAGGCCAAAGCCAUGGCGGCCGCUCUGGCAGACGACUCGGACGUCGAGACCGCCGCCGCCGAGACGCCAGGCUACGAGCUGAAGGCCAACAAGGGCAGGGGCAAGAAGCAGGGUGCGGCAGAGGUGGUAGCCGAUAGGGAUGGGGCAGCAGCGGCGGCUGGGCCAUCGCCGACGUUGGCGCCGGUAGCAGACGAUGAGGAUGCUGGCGGCGGCGCAGCGGAGGCGGAGGCUGUACCGGCGGCGGCCCCGAAGCCUCGCAGCAAGGCGGCUAAGAACGCCAAGAACGCAAGGAGCGCAGCGCAGGAGCAGGCAGCCGCGGAGCCCCAGCAGGUGGCGGCGGCGGCUGGUGGGUCUGCGGCCGGACCCUCCGGCUCAAAUGCAGCUGGGCGUGCGGCGCAGGAGCGGGAGGCACCAGCCGCAAUGCCGCCGCCAAGGGCCGCGCCCGGGCGGCAGCGCGGCGGAGCAGCAGCGGUCGCCGCGGCAGCCGCGGCCGCAGACCCUGUUGCACACGGCGACGUCGAUUUGGACAUGGUACCCGCCACACAGGAUGCUGAGCUGGGCGCGUCGCAGCAGCCCACACAGGCGCUGGGCUCGCAGCCGCCCACGCAACCACAGCCUGCGGGGGCGAAGACGGCAGCUGCGGCGUCAGGGGCAGGGGCGGCUGGUGUGCUGCCGCCGCCGCAGCAUCCCCACCCGCAUCAUGGCUUCCCGCUGCACGGCGCGGGGGCCGGUGGGCCCACCAGCAGCCAGGUCAGCAUCUUCAGCCAGGGCCUAAUCAAGUAUGAGCCGCUCAUGGCCAAGAACCCGCUGGCGGCGAUUAAUCCCAGGGUUGUGGAGCAGGCCAAGAACCGCAUGCGCCUCGUGCCCUACACGGCGCUGCAGCAGACCAAGCCCGGGGCCAAGUUCGUGCCGCCCAGCGUGCUCAAGGCGCCUCCGGGUCAGGCGGCGGGCGCCAAGCGGCCGCUGCCGCCCGUGACCCAGGGCCAGAUGGCGGCGGCGGCCGGGCCCGCGAUGAUGCCCGGCGACGUCAUGCCUCCGGAGCUACUGCUGCGCAGCCUGCAGCAGCAGCAGCAGCCGUCCAAGCUCGGCAAGACAGCGCGGUAGCGCCAGCGCUGUGCAUGUAACACAUGACACCGUACACACACCAAGCAGCAUGACCGGGACCACGCUUGGCACGUAACAAUCAUGCGAACGUGGCUGGGUGACUGCAUACGGUACACGGCAGCGUCAUUGCUCUGCAGCAGGGCACACUUCCACUCGGUGGCAUGACGCAAGAGGGUGUGACCAAAUGACGGACACUGGCAUGCGAAUUGUAAUCUACACUGACGGCGCCUUUCAUGCACU